GCCAGACAGAGUUUUUUUUUAAACAAAAGACGGUGAAAGAGACAUAUUGGUCUACUGGAUACAUCAUCUGUAUUAUUUUCCUUACCAGCUCACGCUGUCAGACUGUCAGUGGCGCGAUGGCGUGUGUGUCGGCAGAGUUUUAAUGAUUGGAUGUAGUGGAGGAGUCAGGCGACGCCACGUGGUAUGUGGGCGGUGCUGACGUCUGCGUCAUAGGGCGGAGCUCCAGUGCGUGCUUACAGCUACAGACGAUGAGAGGGAAAGGAUUAGGUUCUCAUUUAAGACUCGUUUGCCGUGAGAUUUUGCUGCGCAGGUAUUUUGGAAGUUACCAGAAGCUGUACAGGAUGCCAGAGGUAAAUACAGAUAACCUGGAUGAGAAGCAAGUCCAGCUUCUCUCAGAGAUGUGCAUUCUGAUUGAUGAGAACGAUUGUAAACUUGGGGCAGACACGAAAAAAAACUGUCAUCUGAAUUCAAACAUCAGUAAGGGCUUGUUGCAUAGAGCCUUCAGUGUUUUCCUGUUUAACAGUGAAGACAAACUGCUGUUACAACAACGGUCAGAUGCCAAAAUUACCUUCCCAGGUUGCUUUACAAACACUUGCUGUAGUCACCCACUGCACACUACUUUAGAACUUGAUGAGAAGGAUGCUCUUGGGAUUAGGAGGGCUGCACAACGUCGCUUGAAAGCUGAGCUUGGUAUCCCACUGGAGCAGGUACCUCCAGAGGAUCUCACUUACUUGACCCGCAUUCAUUAUAAAGCCCAGUCAGAUGGCAUCUGGGGAGAGCAUGAAAUUGACUACAUUCUGUUUGCUCAGAAGGACGUGGAGUUAAAUCCUGACUCCAAUGAAAUUAAAAGUUACUGCUUUGUAACCAAAGAGGAACUCAAGGAGAUGCUGGCAAAAGCAAAGAGAGGUGAAUUGAAGAUCACUCCUUGGUUCGGUCUGAUUGCUGACACAUUUUUGUUCAAGUGGUGGGAUAACCUUCAAAACCUUAAACAGUUUAUGGAUCAUGACAAAAUAUUCAGAAUGUGAGGACUACAUGUUGGUUUAGAAUGAGAGCAUUUCAUUUUGCAAGGGUUAAUGGCUUUUUAUGUGGUGUUUAACUUAAUGCACAUUUACUUUUUCUGUUUUUAGGGAAGUGUUUACCACUUACUUGCAUUUGGACAAGCAUACAGAUAACUAAAGUGACAAGUAUAAACUACUAGCUUGUGCUGGAUAUUACAAACUUGUUUACAAGUUUUUAAAAUUUUACCAUUUGGAGAACACGUGUUUAUAGAACUUUAAAACUAGUGUUUUUUGAGAAGGAAGGAACAGGCUAGCAUCUUAUACAGAUGAAAUAUGUCUUGUUAAAUGUGAAGUAUCCCCCAUAAGCUUUGACAAUAUGAGAUGUCUUAUAAAUUGCUUUCCGCACAGAAUGGUGCAUAACGAAGAGGCCUUUGGCAUCUUUUUAGUGAUUAUGAUCAUGUUGCUAAAGGUGUUUGCCAUUCGUCUGAUGAGGUCAAAUACUGGCUUAUGUAAACUGGUAUGAAGAUUAAGCUUUCACUGCCUACGUAGACCAAGCAUGGUUAUGAUUUCAGGGUAUUGUGUAGAUCUUUAAAAUUUCACCAAUCUUUUUAAUUUAAACGUGUUGCACUGGUAGAGAUGUCUGAAAGUCUCCUAAUAAAAGUGCAGUGUUGCUAAACAAAACAGUAGGUGAUGUGUGAGACAGUGAAGUACGUUUGCCUGUUGUGAACAUGCGAUUU